AUGAAGGCCUCAAUCAUCAGCACUGCCAUCCUGGCCACUGCAGCCUCUGCUGCACCUGCUCUCGUCAAGCGCCAGAGCUCCGACAUCGAUGGUGUCAUCCUGAACUACGCAUUGACUCUUGAGCACCUCGAAGCUACCUUCUACCGCGAGGCAAUCGCCAAGUUCUCUGAGCAAGACUUUGCUGCCGCUGGUUUCAACAGCACCAACUUCUACAAGAACCUCCAAGAGAUCGCUCGUGAUGAGCAGACACACGUCGACUUCUUGACUGCUGCCCUGUUGAAGGCCGGUGUCACACCCGUCCAAGAGUGCACAUACGACUUUGGCACCCUCACUCCUCAGAGCAUUAUGGCUACUGCUUCCCUCGUCGAGGGUCUUGGUGUCAGCGCCUACCUCGGAGCCGCCGCCUUGAUCACCAACAAGGACUACCUCACCGCCGCCGGUAGCAUCUUGACUGUUGAAGCCCGCCACGACUCCUUCAUCCGCGGCAACCUCGACAUGUCACCCUUCCCCCAGCCCUUCGACGUCCCUCUCGACUUUGACCAGGUUUACUCGCUCGCCGCCACUUUGAUCAAGUCUUGCCCUGCUUCCAACCCUACCUUGCCCGUCAAGGCCUUCCCCUCGCUCAGCCUGGCCAGCAACAUGACCAUGCCCAUCAUGCAGGGUGAAUUCAUCACCUUCGAGCUCGCAGCCGACAUGAAGGUCCCUGCUGGUCCUCUGUUCGUUGCUUUCCCUCUGGCCACUGGCACCAUGUUCUCGUCUGCUAUCGUCAAGGACUGCAUGAUUACUGCCAGAGUCCCUGUCAGCUUCUAUGGCCCUGCUGGCGAGUCGUUCGCCAUCUUGACUACUAACGACACUGUUGUUACCGAUGACAACACCGUCGCUGGACCUGCCGUUGUUGAGAUCCAGACUUACCUUGCUUAA